AUGGCUUCCGACCUCUUUGCAGAGCUCGUUACCCCCAACGGCAUUAGAUAUCAACAGCCCCUGGGCCUUUUCAUCGAUAAUAAGUUUGUGCCAUCCAAAUCGGACAGUCGGAUAAGUACAAUCGACCCAGCCACUGAAAAGGUCAUAACCAAAGUUCACGCCGCAUCGGCCGAGAAUGUCAACGACGCUGUCCUUGCCGCUCGCCGAGCGUUCGAGGGCCCUUGGGGUGAUACGACAGGUGCUGAACGAGGCCGACUACUAAAUACAUUCGCCGACGUGGUAGAAAGGAAUGGCAAGAUUCUAGCUGCUAUCGAGUCCUGGGACAAUGGGAAACCUUAUUCAUCGUCGAUUUCAGAAGACAUCCCCGAGUUUCUCGAUGUCUUGCGCUAUUAUGCGGGGUGGGCAGACAAGAAUCAUGGACAAGUGAUUGAGACUCGCGGAACCCAACUGAACUACACGGUUCCAGAGCCCAUCGGUGUCUGCGCGCAAAUCAUUCCAUGGAACUAUCCUAUUGUCAUGCUGUCAUGGAAGCUGGCCCCGGCUAUUGCUGCUGGCAAUUGCAUUAUUCUCAAGGUAUCUGAACAGACACCCUUAUCUGCUCUGUACCUUGCUAGGUUGGUCGAGGCUGCGGGAUUCCCACCUGGAGUUAUCAAUAUUAUCAACGGCUAUGGGCCCGAAGCCGGUUCUGCGCUUGCAGCCCAUAUCGAUGUCGACAAAGUUGCCUUUACAGGAUCUACCCAAACAGGAAGAGGAAUCAUGAAGCUAGCAUCUUCCAAUCUCAAGAGCAUCACGCUAGAGACUGGAGGCAAAUCACCACUGGUUGUAUUCAGCGAUGCUAAUCUGCACGCAGCGGCUGCCACGGGUUACCAGGGGAUCAUGGGCAAUGCAGGCCAAAACUGCUCAGCUAACAGCAAGAUUCUAGUUCAGGAAGACAUCUUUGACCGCUUCCUGAAACUAUUCAGAGCCAGGGCCAUCUCCGAGUCCAAGAUAGGGAGCCCCUUCGAGAACGAGACUAUUCAGGGGCCUCAGAUCACCAAGGGACAGUUUGACCGUAUCCUAUCCUAUGUUCAGUCUGGACGAGACGAAGGCGCGACGCUGGUGCAUGGGGGCACGGCAUACAAGGACCUGAACGGGAAAGGCUUUUACAUCGAGCCAACCAUCUUCACCGAUGUGACGCCCCAGAUGAGAAUCUACAAAGAAGAGAUCUUCGGCCCCUUUGUAGUGAUACUGCCCUUCAAGACCGAGGCUGAAGCAGUUUGUUUGGCCAACGACACAGAGUACGGACUCGCGGCGGCUGUUUUCACAAAGGACAUUACCCGAGCUCUCCGUCUUACCCGAAAGAUUAAUGCUGGCACUGUGUGGAUCAACAACAGUCAGACAAUGGACCCCAGAGUGCCUUUUGGCGGUUUCAAGCAGUCCGGCAUUGGAAGGGAACAGGGCGAGGCAGGUUUCAAGGCUUAUACCAAGUAUAAGACCGUCAUAGUUGACUUGGCGUUGGAUCCCGUUAACGCACAUACGGAGGCCAAGCUAUAG